AUGGCAGCGGAUGGUUUAGUCGCUUCGCUGCCCUCAAUUGAUCCAAACAAUGAUUUCGAUGGUAGCGAAUUCUCGCCUGUAGACGAGCAAACUGAAAGUAAGACUUGCUUUGACCAAAGUCUGAUCUGGGAAGUUGCGGUACACCAAGAGUUCCUUGAACCAGAGAUUGUAAGAGCGAAGAGUGUUAGUCCACACCGCAAAGUCAAAGUUCCAAGUACAUCAACACAGACCGGCAAAACCAGGCGGGGUGAAGAUAAACAUCUGAGUACAGAACACACUGAACUUCGGCAACAGAAUAUGAACAGAUCUGGAGUACCAAACCGUAUGUCUUUAAAAACUCCUUGUCGAGAUUCAGGUAAUUUGUCAAGGAACGGUGAAUUCGAGCUUCCAUCCAUCCCAGUUCAAUCAAAACGACAAAGGGCCCUGACUGAACCUUAUCUGUUGUCUUCUUUGAAUGAAGGAGUUGACUUCGUAGAAGGCGAUGUGUUUCGUAAGAACCUGAGUUUAAUGUAUCGUCAAGGUAGAGAAGUGAGAAAACUGGAGUAUGAUAACACAGCAUCGAGAAGAACUUUACAGGAAGCACACGACAUGAUAGGAGAUCUCAAAGCCAAGAUAGAAAAGAGAAAUAAAUUCAUCAGAGAGAGGAACAAGAAAGAAGGAGACAUCGCUCAUAUUGUUGAAACUUUAAAACGGGAAAAGGACGAAAAGCUCUUAGAAUACAAAACGAUACAAAAACGAAUGACUGAGGCACUGGCGCUCAAAGACAAAAAUCUUGAAGAUAUUGAGGCAGAGAGGACACAGGCUGAGAGUCUUUAUCAAAAACAGUUAAAAGACAACACUGAACUGAUGAGAAAAAUUGAAGCAAGGGAGAAACAAAUCAAGCAACUGAAAGACAAGACAGAAAAAGCAAAAAAAUGGAAAGAUAACGCUAGAAGCUAACUUAAUUACAGUCAAUGAAACGGCUGCUCCAAUCAUUUGGGUGGUUAAGGUUUUCAAUGAUUUAAAGAGCAGUUCGAGACGGUCACCAGUUCAUCAAAUUGGAAUUAGGGGUUUUUUUUUAAAGGAACAAUCAAGUUCGAGUCAGCAAUUUGCAAUCCUUCGUAAUUCUCUCCAAUCUAAGCCAUCCUUGUUCCUUCUCGGUGAAUGAUUUCUUCUGUUAUAUUCCUAUCUUACUGAACUGAUAUUUUAGUGGUCUCGGCCAUCAUGUUGGAGGGUAUAGGUAGCUCUGAACGUUGCAAAGAAUGACUGAAAAUAUUGUGACACUGGUUCCUAAUAAUCGAUGAUUUAUGCAUAACUGUUCCAC